AUGUCCUACAUUUCUGUCAGCUCAACUGUAAACAAGUUCUUGCGAUGGAGGUAUCUCAGUCUUCCCCAGGGAGACCUAUGUCAGAUCACUUACGUCUGGAUCAAAGACAAAAGCAACGAGGUUUGCAGCAAAACUCGAACUGUGGAUUCUGAACCAAAAGGCAUAGCUGAUAUACCAGAAUGGGAGUUUGCUUACCGAACUGAAAGAUCCGUAGGUGAGAGGCUACUGGUUCCCGUUUGCAUGUUCAGAGACCCCUUCCUUUUGGACCCUAACAAACUGGUUUUGUGUGAAGUGUUUGAGCACACCCGAGAACCUGCAGAAUCAAACCAUCGUAACAGCUGUAACAAAGUCCUGGAGCUGGUCAAAGAACUCCGCCCCUGGUUUGGGAUGGAGCAGGAGUACACACUUUUAGGAGUAGAUGGACACCCUUAUGGCUGGCCCAGACUUGGCUUCCCCAAACCACAAGGUCCAUAUUACUGCGGUGUUGGUGCUGACAACGCCUUUGGCAGAGACAUUGUGGAGUGCCAUUUCAAAGCCUGUCUGUAUGCUGGCAUCAAAAUCAGUGGCACUAAUGCAGAGACCAUGCCCUCUCAGUGGGAGUUCCAGGUGGGACCGUGUGAAGGAAUUGAGAUGGGGGAUCAGCUGUGGAUGUCUCGAUUCUUGUUGCACAGAGUGUGUGAAGACUUUGGAGUCCUGGCCACUCUUGAUCCAAAACCAAUGGAAGGAGACUGGAAUGGAGCUGGUUGUCACAUCAAUGCACAUUGAGCAUGCCAUCGAGAAACUGAGAAAGCGUCAUGUCGAGCAUAUUCGAGUCUACGAUCCACACGGUGGUGAGGAUAACAAGCGACGCCUCACGGGUCUUCACGCGACCUCCAGCAUCCAUGAUUUCUCUGCAGGUGUUGCUGAUCGAGGUGCCAGCGUCCGCAUCCCCCGUCUGGUGGCGCAGGACAAAUACGGUUACUUUGAGGACCGCCGUCCUGCUGCCAACUGUGACCCGUAUGUUGUGAUCUGUGCAAUCGCCCGCACGUGCAUGCUGGAGAACAAUGUCAAUGGAU